ACAAUGUACAAAUACGGUCUGUGCGCGGCGGCGGUGGCGGUGGCAGUUGCGACGGUGGUGAUAACUCACUUUAUUUACAAAUGGAGGAACCCAAAAUGUAACGGCGUACGGCCUCCGGGUUCAAUGGGUUUUCCUUUUAUCGGCGAGACUCUUCAGCUCCUAACCAAGAGCCCUUCUCUAGAUCUCCACCCUUUCAUCAAGAACAGGAUCCAACGAUACGGGCCGGUGUUUUCUACGAAUAUGGUUGGUCGGCCGAUGAUAAUAUCGGCCGACCCACAACUGAAUAACUUCAUCUUUCAACAGGAAGGGAAGUCGGUGGAACUUUGGUACCUUGAUUCCUUCCAGAAGCUUUUCAAUUUAGAAGGUGAGGCUCGGCCUAAUGCAGUCGGUCAUAUUCAUAAGUACGUUAGGGGAGUUUAUUUAGGUCUUUUUGGGGCCGAAAGCCUGAAGACGAAGCUUUUAACCGACAUAGAGAUAACGGUUAGGAACAAUCUCCUUAACUGGACUACUAAAGGAACCUUCGAUGUCAAAACGGCUACAUCUCAAAUGGUAGCGGUUUUUGCAGCAAAAUACUUGUUUGGGCACGAUGUAGGAGCCAAUUCAGAGGAAAUAGCACAUACAAUAGACGGUUUUGUACAAGGUCUUCUGUCGUUUCCAUUGAAUGUCCCUGGUACAAGGUUCAAUAAAUGCAUGAAAGAUAAGGCGAAACUAGAGAAGAUGAUUACAUACGAGAUGAAGAACAGAAUGAAGAAUCCGGGAAAAGGCGAUUUUCUUGAUCGAGCUGUUAAGGAUUUGAAUACUGAUUUUUUCAUUACUGAGAGUUUCAUCAUUUCGGUCACAAUGGGAGCAUUAUUUGCAACUGUCGAGUCUAUCUCGUCAGCAAUCGGUUUGGCUUUCAAGUUCUUUGCGGAGUACCCUUGGGUUGUCGAUGACCUCAAGGCCGAGCAUGAAGCGAUAAUAAAACAGAAGGAAGACAAGGACGCCCCACUAACAUGGGACGAGUACAAAUCAAUGACGGUCACAAUGCAUGUUAUUAAUGAGACAUUGCGAUUAGGAAAUAUUUUCCCGGGAAUCAUGAGAAAGACACUCAAGGACAUUCCAUACAAGGGUUACACUAUUCCAAAAGAUUGGGCCAUAAUGGUUGUGACUUCGUCGCUUGCCAUCAACCCUAAAGUUUAUCCGGACCCCCUCUCAUUCAAUCCAAGGCGUUGGAAGGAUAUUGACGCCGAAACUCAAGCGAAGAAUUUCAUGCCCUUUGGGGGAGGUACACGGCAGUGUGCCGGUGCUGAAUUGGCAAAAGCAUUCAUAGCCACCUUCCUACAUGUCUUGGUUAGCGAAUAUGAGUGGACGAAAGUAAAGGGAGGCAAGGUGUCGAGGAUGCCCAUGUUGCAAUUUGAUAAUGGCAUUUUCAUUACUUUAAAGAAGAAGAAUAAGGAUUGAAAGAGAAAUCA